CCGCCAAUUAUGGCAACCCCAGCCGCACCCGUGGGGCCAGCGGCGCAAGUGGCGGCGAGUGGAGGCGCGACAGCAACGAGAGCGGCGGACGCGGAGAGGGCGCAGUUGGUGCAGCAGCUGAACCUGGCGGGCGUCCGCGCGCGAGUGGCGGAGCUGCAGGGCAGCAUCGCGCGCAUGAUGGGCGCGUUCCACGAGCAGCACGUGCACCUCAAGUGGUCGGAGGCGGUGGCGGCGUUCAGCGUGGUGAGCGCGGGGCUGUACAGCCUGGUGGACGACGUCAUGCCCAUGCUGCGCUCCUUCGCCCUCUGCCCCGCCACCGUCACCGCGCAAAACGCCGCCGUGCUUCCCAUCAUGCUGUCGUCCAAGCUGCUGCCGGAGAUGGAGGUGGAGGGGCGCGGGAGAGAGGCGGCCGUGAGGGACCCGCUGGGCGCGCUGCCGCUGCAGGCGCAGCUGGAGCAGCUGCAGCUGCAGGCGAAGCUGAUGGACCUGGCGUGCGAGCGCGCUGAGAAGGUCAUUCUGGACGCGCGCAGGGCACACGGCAUCGGCGCGCGGCACGCGGCAGCCAGCGUGGCGGCGCUGUACGGCGCAGGCAGCACGGACAAGGCCGCGCUGGCACGCACGGCGGAGCAGGAGAAGGUUCUCAGAAACGCGCUGGCCACUGGGGAAGGGUUUCGUGUGGCACCUCUGCCUGUCUCUGCUGGCCCUGCCAGGCCCGCCCACCCAAGCCACGCCACCCGCGCCAGCGCAGCGGGCCAGGCAGGGCCGCCAGCGCCAGUGGAGCUGCCGCCUCACAUGCGCCCGCGCAAGCGCAAGCACCCACACGACGCCGCUGCUGCUGCUGCAGCUGCUGCGGCUGCUGCGGCGGGUGGCAGUGGUGGCAGUGGUGGCGGUGGGAGCAACAUGCCCGCUUCAGUUUCAUCGCCCGGCCCUCAUGCCGCAGCAGCGCCCCCUCUCCCCCCUGCUAGAUCUGCCGCUCCCUCUGCGCCCCCCUCCCUGCCCCUUUCCUCCGCCGCCGCUCGCCCCGCCCCCCUCACCGCCACUCCUGGCCUUAACGCUGCGUCGCCCUCCCCCACCACAGCCGCUGCUGCUGCCACUGCUGCCGCUGCUGCUGCUGGCACUUCAGCUGUGGGUGCGGCACCCCCUAUGGCAGGAGCAGCAGGAAGGGCAGCAGCAGCAGCAGGUGCAGGUGCAGCGCCCCCUGCCGUGCGCCCCUCCUCUACGCCUCUCACUUCUGCCUCUGCCGCGCCCACACCUCUCCUCGCCACCUCUGCGCCUGUCGGCAUUGCACGCCCAUCCUCCGCAGCCAAUCCCAUGCUGGCACCUGGCGGCAGCAGCACCGCCGCAGGGGGGUCGGGCGCGCCGACCAUGCUGCUGGGCAUGCCGAGCGGCAUGCGCACGUUCGAGGGGCUGGGAGGGGCGCUGCUGGGAGUGCCGGGGGGCUGGCCGGGCGCAGGGGCAGGCUCGGUGGGAGGAGCAGUGCCUCUGGGGCGAAUGCCGCCUUCAGGCUCGGGCUUGGUUCGGCCAAACGUGCCGACGGGGGCCGGUCAAGGUGCGGGUGCAGGGUUGGCAGGUGCAGGCAGUGCAGCAGGCGGUGGGGGAGUGGGUGGCCCUGGAGCAGUGGGGGGUGCAGUAGGGGGCAUGGGGGACUCUGCUGCUGCUGCUCCUGCGGCUGCUGGCGCAGCUGCCAAUGCAGGCCCACCAGGGGUAGCAGGAGCUGCAGGUGGGGCAGGAGGAGGAGGGGGAGGAGGGGGAGGAGGGGGAGGAGCGCUGUCGGCGCUGGGUGCCACCAUGGGCGCCACAGGGACGCUCACAGCGCCCCAAAUGAGAGGAAACUUCUCCGCACCUUCUCCAGGCAACCUGGGGCAUGUGGGGGCGGGGCAGAUGCAUCUGGCGAUGAGCCCCCCCCAGUACGGCCUGCAACCUGCCGCGGGGGGCUACUCCGCCCCCUCGCCCCCCGUGUUCCAGGCGCCCUCCCCCGCGCUGUCGUACAACGCGCCGUCGCCCCAGCUCAUGCAGCACACGCACCCACACUCGCCCAUGCUGCCCCUGCAGCAGCAGCAACAACAACCGCAGCAGGCAGCAUCGCCCAUGGUCCCAGGAGGGGCUGGUGGGGCGGGGCAAGGGGGGCCGCAGCUGCUGCAGCAGCCGAUGGCGUCGCUGAGUCAGCAGAGGCAGAUGCAGCGACUGCACCUGCAGAGGCAAAGGCAGCAGCAGAUGCAGCAGCAACAGCAGCAGCAGCAGCACUUGAACUAGGGGUGGCAUGGCGACAGCAGCAGAGGGUAGUGGUUGUGGGUAGGGAGGGCAGGAGAUGGCAGAGCAGCACCUCGGUGGGAACGAGUGACUCGGGAUUGCUUGCUGCCUUGGCUGGGGAAUGGCUGCUGUCGUCCAUGGUGCAUUCGUCUCACGAGGCUUGGCGCACGGGCCAUCGGGCAUGAACACGCUUGACAAGGCUGGACACGGACGCUACCACUGCCAUUUUAGCGGGAUCGGUGCGGUGCGGUGUGGUUGGCGUUUGAGCACGUGAUAUCCACGCCCACUGUUCUUUAUCCAGAUGCUCUUUCUGUUCAGGCUGGUAGCGUAAACUAUGGCCGUGUCUUGCAUGGCUUGGCUGGCAGGGGGACCAGCAUGGUUGCAGUUUGUCAAUUCUUGCAGCGCUCAUAAGGAGCUGUUUUGGUGUGCAGUGCGAGUCGAGGGGCGCAACAAAGCUACGGGCACAAUACAUCGCUCAAAAUCCAAUUGAUGAAGCCCAAACUGU